AAUUUCCAAAAUCGAAAUCACCUCCUUAAUUCCUUUUAUUCCCUUUUAACCCACAACUUUUUUCUGUGUUAGACACUCUCCCUUUCCUCGCUCCGUCCACUCACAGUCUCACGGCCGCCGGCGCAUCUCUCUUCUCUUCCCUCUUGCCUCUCACUCUCUCAGCUUGCCUCUCUUCGGUUUCGAUUCUUAGUAUUUCAUCCCAAUCGUCCAGUCGUUGCAGCGUUCUUCCUGCUUUAGGCUUUCAGCCGUUCAAUAUGGGCCUUUCAAGUUUAUUAGACGACUCUUUAUUUGUUUCCAUGGGUUUCUUCAUUAUCUGGUGCUUCCAAUUAUAUUGGCUUUGGCUUGGUUUCAAGAUUAUGGUUGAGCUAGAGUACACCGGAAUGAUUUGUGCACCACGAUUUCUCUGUAUAAUAACAUUUGUAAGUAAUGGCUUUGCGGUCCUAUGUCGUCUCCACAACUUGCUUUAGCUUAUCUAGGGGGCGCUUCACUUGCAAAUUCCUGUGAGUGAGCAUUUCUCGGGCUCUUAUUCAUUAUGCUUCAAGUAUUCCGAAGCCGCGAAGUUGCUGAAUGCGCAUUUGUCAACAGAGCAGCUCACCAUGUUCAAAGAAACUCUGUGGGGUCAUUUGCUGGAUGCUCCGGAGAUGCAAUUCUCUGCCCAGAUCAUCCACAUGCUCUUGUUACGCCUAGUGCGUCAACAACUUAGCAGAUGGGAAGCUUUUGAACUUUACUUUCAAUGAUUUUGUCCGCAUAACUGGACUACCAUCUACCGGUGAGAGGCCUGAGUUGUCCACCGAUGAAAAAAAGUUCAUUGUUAAGAAGUUCUUCAAGGGAUGCACUGAAAUUACAUAUCAGCAGCUGAAGAAUAGGAUGGAAGAAUACAAGGCUCCAAAUAGAGGUGAUCCACUACAGGGUGUCAAGCUUGCAUCUCUGUACUACACACAGUGUGUCCUGCUUUCCAGAGACAAAAGGACCAAAAUAAACCCAAAGUUUUUUAAAUGGAUCGAUGACUUUGAGAGUUUCAAGAAGUACCCUUGGGCGUUGGAAUCAUACAAUUCGACCGUGACUCAUAUGAAGUCGCUAAUGGUAGGCCAACCGAAGUUUUUUCAGGAAAGCAAGAAAGACGAUCCUACGUACGAAAAAGCGAAGAAUACGAUGUAUGAUUUCCCGCAUGUGUUACAGGUUUGGGCGUACGAGAAUAUACCGAACUUGGAAAAAUUAGCCGCUACAAAAGUAGCUGAAGAGAGUUGUUCCAUGCUUAACUGGAAAACAGAACGAUAUUUUCACGCUGCAAAGCUUCACGAAAAAGUCUUCUUUGAGGAGAGUGUGUCUGCUGAUGAAGCUGGGGACGAAUAUUUGUUGGGACAUUCGGUUGUGGUUGAAGAAUUAAAAAAACUAAGGUUGUGUAUUGAAGGUUUGGAGUCUCGGUUGAAAGUUGUUCAGGACAGUGUUGUUGAAAUGAAGGCGCUGGUAGUUGCACGCUUUGGAAAAUCUGAUAAAAACGGUGCUACGAAACCCCUUUCUGGAGAGGAUGAGGUUGUUGCUCAAAGAAGCCCCCCAAUUCAUGAAGAAGGUUGUCAUACUCGUGUGAACCCCAUUGCUGUAGAGGAUGAGGCUGUUGUCGAAGGAAGCCCCCCACUUGAUCAAGGACCUUCUCAUACUUCUGUGAACCCCCUAUCUGGAUGAGUUAAUCAUAUGUAUCCCUUACUACAAAAUUAAAGGACUAAAGUUUGCCAUAUCUGUCCCAGUUUCGCUUUCAAACCUAGCUAGGCUUGUAUUAAUAUAUUUAGAUUAAUUCAAUCAUACAAUCUAGGAGGUUAGCUAUAACAAUAGUUCUGUAUUAUGCAUAAAUGAUGGAGGAGUGCAUGCCAACGGUGAAAUAUAACUCUCAUAUUUGCGGGGUGUAUUUUUUUUGGUUAAAGACAUGUAAAUUACAAUCAUUUUUUGUUGUUUCUAUACAAAUUGAGUUCCAGCCUGUUGGAAAAGGAAGCCCCCCAAUUGAUCAAGAAGCUUCCCAUACUUGUGUGAACCCCCUUUCUGGAGAGGAUGAGGCUGUUGGCGAAGGAACCCACCCACUUGAUCACGGACCUUCCUAUACUGGUGUGAACACUCUUUCUCAAGAGUGUCAUACACUCACAAACCUCAUGCUCUGCAGUUCUGAGUUCGGUGCCGAUAAAUUUGAUGAAAUAAGUGAAAAGGCCCCAUUUGAAAAUUUGGACUGGGCUGAGGUCGAUGAAGAAGGUGGGUCGGCUACAAUAGAUGUUCUGGUGCUUGAAGAGCAAAGCCGCAAAGCAAAUCUUAAAAGAAAAAGAAAGUGCUCUGAGUACCGGUGUAGCCCAUUCACCGAUCCUACAAGAAAGAGGGCCAAAGGACAAAACACCGACCCAAGCCCAACAUUUGUAGACAUAUGUGAUGAUGAGUGGCUACAGUUGAAGAAGUGGGUUGAAGAGGAUGACAACCUAGAACCAACCGUGGUUGUAAUUGCUAUUACGGGCUAUAAUCAAGGGAGCCAUAAGUUUUUCCGAGACCUGAUUGAACCGGAGGAGUGGUUGUCGAGUGAACACAUAGGCGCGAUUUGCUCACUCAUACACAAGUCCAUGGUGAACAAAAAAAUUGGCCCCAUUAGUCCCUACUUUACGUUGCUGAGCACUGGGCAGAAGACAUGUUACUUCCACGAGUUAAUUGGUCAAGUUUUGAAAAGGUCUUAAUUCCAUUGAAUGUGGAUGGCCUACAUUGGAUAUUGGCGGAACUUAACUUUAAAGCGAAGGUGGUUAGAGUGUAUGACUCUUUGCGGAGUGCCAAAUCUAAAUCAAGUGCCCAUCAUCUAUGCAUUAGACUACCGUAUUUACUUAGUGUGAUAAAAUGCUUCGAGUCUGCUGCAGUUUCAGAUGGGUUCAAACCAUGGCCUGUGGAGGUAGUUCCCGGUGUACCGCAACAACGAGGGAGUGCGGAGUGCGGAGUGAUGACGAUGACAUUUGCAGAGCAUUUGACAUUGGAGUAUCCUUUGACACCUGGAUGUGACUAUGACAACAUGUUGAACAUGAGAUGCCAGUUUGCGGUGCGCUUAUGGCGUCUCAAGAAGACUGAUGUUUGACACCGUUUAAUUGACAUUAUUAGUGUACUUGACAUUAUUAGUGUAUUUGACAAUAUGUUUUGUACAAUAGUGUUGCGCUUUUUGUACAAGGUUAUACACUGGAAUGCCAAACUUUAAUGCUUCCAUAUUUUGUCAACAUUUUCAUGUUUUGGAUAAGCAAUUGUUAAUAAAUUCAAUUGUUACA